AUGGAAGACGAAACAUAUGAAAAGGUGGAUUUAAUCAUUGUCGGCGCUGGUCCUAGCGGUCUAGUUUGCGCUCGGACAUACCUUACUAUUAACCCAUCAGCAAAUGUUGUGAUCCUCGAGAGUGCAGCGACAAUUGGGGGAGUAUGGGCAAAGGAGCGAAUUUACCCAGGGCUGCACUUAAACAACUUGCUAGGAACGUACGAGUAUAGUGAUUUUCCAAUGAGCGAGAAGAAAUUCGGGGUUACGCGCGGCAAACAUAUUCCAGGAGAGGCAGCACAUGAGUAUCUCAAAGCGUACGCACAAGAAUUUGGAUUUUACUCUAAGAUUCGGUUUGAAUCAAAGGUUGAAUCGGUGGAGAAAAUUGACAGCAAUGACCAGGAACGCUGGACAGUAGCCUAUUGCAAAACAAACAGUGCUUCUGGUAAUGUCGUGCGGUAUAUACUUACCAAAAAACUAGUAUUGUCCACAGGAACAUGUGAGGAGCCGGUGUUGCCAGUACUCAAAGACUCAGAGACCUUUGACGCACCUCUAUUUCACUCUAGGGACAUGGCUAAGGAGCAACAUGCCAUCCGAGAGGCAAAAAAUGUGGCUGUGUUAGGCGGUUCUAAGUCUGGAUAUGAUGCUGCAUAUCUAGCAGCAUCGAAUGGUGCUCAGGUUGAUUGGAUUAUAAGCAACUCCGGUCGAGGAGGCAUUUGGAUAUCGCCUCCCUAUGUGACGCCGUUUAAGAAGUGGUUGGAAAAAUUUGUCACCACCAGAAUUUUCACUUGGUUCAGCCCAUGUUCAUGGGGCGAUGCGGAUGGUUUUGGUCGUAUCAGGGAGCUUCUUCACAGGACCAGUAUAGGAAGAUGGGUUGUUGAUAAAUUUUGGAGGUUUAUGGGGGACGAUGUCAUAAAGAUCAAUCGCUAUGAUGACCAUCCAGAGACCAAAAAGCUAAAACCUUGGACGGAAACAUUCUGGAUAUCAACCAGUUUCAGCAUUCUCAAUUAUCCAACCGACUUCUAUGACUUAGUCCGUAACGGCCAAAUCAGAGUCCAUGUCGGGGAUGUUGAAAAGCUAUCGCCUAAAACCAUCCAUCUGAAAGGUGGAGAGGUCAUCAAGACCGACCUGCUGAUCAGCUGCACUGGCUGGAAAGGAUUUCCGGACAUUCAAUUCCUUCCGGAGGGAAUAGAGAAGAAGCUGGGCAUUCCAUUCAAAAGCACGAAGCCUGAAAAAUUGACAUUAUUGGCGAAUAUAGAGACUUUUUCACAUUUUCCAAGACUCAAAGAGCAGCCGACAGUGAAGAAUCCUUAUAACGGUGUCUUCGAAGAUCGUUCCAAAAAUAAUAACUAUGAGCGUUUCAAGCUGUAUCGACUGAUGGUACCGCCUGCAUUCAUUCACGAUCGCAGCAUUGGCUUCGUGGGGAUGCUCACAACUUUCUCCACACUGCUAUCAUCUCAGGUCCAAGCUCUCUGGAUGACAGCGUAUUUGGAUGGCAAGUUGGAUCUCGAGACGUCUCCGGGAAUGACUGAGAAAGAGUUUCUCUGGGAUGCUACGCUGCAUAAUCAAUUUUUAAAAUGGAGAUAUCCAUUUGCCAGCCCAGUGCAUCCGGAUUUUGUUUUCGACACGGUGCCAUAUUUAGACUGGAUAUUACACGACCUAAAGCUGAAAAGCCAUAGGAAAAGAGGUAUUCUGGCGGAGAUUUUUCAGCCAUACGGCCCAGAAGACUACCGAGGGCUCAUUGAAGAAUGGAAAACCCUUCAUAAAAAGGAAACAGCGCAAUCAGAAGCUUGGCCGUAG